GCUAGCUCCGGAGCUCGGUCUCGGGUAUAACGUAGGCCUGGGCUUCUUAAAUCACAGCAGUAUCUGGGGUUAAGUUACUGGUCAGUACAAUGAAGCUCGGCCAGGCGGCGUUCUCAACAUGUUGACUGCCAUUGAUGGUGUGAAUGGUGAGGCUGCGCAGCGUGCCAAAAAGCUGCAGAGGAUUGAGUACCGGAUUCCUUCGCAGCAGGGCCAGGUGGCUUGCCAAUGUGUUACCAACCCACUGAACCUCCAAAGUACUCACCGCAUGGUCGUUGUGGCGAAAAGCACAAUUGGAACGGGCUGUGGUUCAACUUUGCGAAAGCUCUUCCGGGGCAAGCACCGUGAACAUGAGAAACGGGUGCCAAUUUCACGAAUGACUCCCAUGUGCUGACACUUCGCAAGGAAGCCUGGCCACUGCACCGCGAGCAAGUUGGCUCUUUGCGCCAGAGU